UGUACGCGCGCGGUUUGGACUUUCUUUCGGCUUCAGUGGUUCAGUGAAAUUAGAAGAAAUUAGGUUGUGAUCCAGAUUGAAGUGGCAAGUGAUCUUACUCCAUAAAGAUAACUGGAUGAAGUGAGUGGGUUUUGUGAGGAUGUGUUCGAUAUGAUGUAAAUUCGACAGGAAAAAGUGUGAGAUAACUCGGAAAUGGAGAUUUUAUCCCAGGAUAAAUUACCGUGACAUUGAAGUGCAAUAUUGUUACCUAUGUGCUUAAAUACAUUUCUAAAGGAUAAAAUGGAUUAGUGUAUCAGAAAAAAAGGCUCAACAGCUUCGAAGAUUCUAACCUUUAAGCAGCAACUAACCGACAAAAUCCUCAAAUUAGAUCACUGAUCGCAGGUCGUCCGUGAGAGAAGUCAGAAACAAUGUGCUAAACUAGUGUUGUGCCAAAGGUUUCUAUCCCCUACCAUACCGCAGAAGCAAUGCAGUUUCGAAUCAAACGAGCGGUUCUGCCGUUGCUGUUCAUAGCUGUGAUAUUGAUCGACCAGAUUCAAUGUGAAGAUGAUACUCCGGAGGUUGCCCGGAAGCCGGUAAAAAAGAAGCUCAAGAAAAGUGGAAAACUGAAAACUAAAUCGUUAGCUAAAGCAGCUAGACCAAAGGAACGUCCGCAGGCAGAUGCGCCACCAGCAUAUUCCGAGUAUGACAACUACGAUAACUACGACUAUGGGGAGAACGAACGGGAUUAUGACAGUGAGAAUGGUCCUGCCAGCAACCGUACCACGGAAUCAACAUUCCGCCAGCCGGACGAUGAAAUUCCACGUGGCGAAGUUCCGGCCCCUCAUAUUACAGUCAGCGUAAGACCGCUUGAGCCUGAAUCGAUCGUACAACCGUUCACCUGCUUACACGAGGGCAAAUGGUACCGAGAAAAGGAUCAGUUCCAAUCGGGUUACGCGGGCUGUGCUACGUGCCAGUGUCGGAACAGCCAAGUCGUCUGCGAUGAAGCGGAUUGCCCGAAAAUCAAAGCAGAUGUGGAAGUGGAAAUCAUUCCGCCUUCGACCACCACAACUACCACUACUACUACCACCACAACGGAAGCUCCAGAAUUUGAUGCUUCUGAACUUGGAAAUAGAAUACCAGCUGGACCCACUGGGCAACCUGGAGUUCCUGGCGAUGCUGGGCUUCCUGGAACUCCGGGUACACCUGGAGUGCCUGGCCUACCAGGCCCCCCGGGUCCUGUACCGGACUUAAGCUUCUACACCCAGCAACUACAAGACUCAAUGGCUGGUUCUGACAAGGGCCCUUCCCCUGAUAACUUUCAAUACAUGCACGCUCAAGUAGGACCUGUUGGGCCACGUGGACCUCCCGGCCCCCCCGGUGCAUCAGGACCACAAGGUUUUCAGGGAACAAGAGGAGAACCUGGUGAACCAGGACCUCCGGGAGUUUCAGGCCCCCCUGGAUCGAGAGGAUUGCCAGGCCCUCCUGGCAAAGAUGGUUCUCCUGGAGAUGACGGCGAUACAGGACCACAAGGCGCAGUCGGUCAACCUGGCCCACGAGGAUUACCCGGCUUGCCUGGGGUACCAGGCAUUAAGGGACAUCAAGGAUUUGCUGGAUUAGAUGGCCCAAAGGGAGAGCAGGGUGCUUCCGGAGAAAAGGGUUCGGUUGGAGCCAUCGGUCCAAUUGGCGCUCCUGGGCCGGUCGGACCUGCUGGACCCCGAGGUGAACGUGGACGGGAAGGAUCACUUGGUCCUCCGGGGUUGCGUGGCAUUGAUGGAAUAGCUGGCCCUCCGGGACAACCAGGACCAGUUGGCAAACCUGGGCCGCCAGGUUUCCCCGGAACUCCCGGAAAUAAAGGUGAUAUGGGAGGCCAAGGACCAAAAGGUAGCCAAGGUCCGCAAGGUCCACGGGGUGAAUCGGGUAGACCUGGUCUGGCUGGAGAACCUGGUUUGAAUGGUCCUCCUGGAAAGGAUGGUGCAACUGGGGAAAAGGGAUCAGUAGGUUCUCCGGGUAUCGCCGGUCCACCAGGAUUCCCAGGAUCACGCGGUGCACCUGGUGCUAACGGUAGCCCCGGAGAGAAUGGAGUUAAAGGUGAACCAGGUCUUCCUGGAGAAAGAGGAUACAAAGGAGAAGCUGGUAUAAAAGGAGAAGGUGGAUUGCCUGGACCAAGAGGUCUACCUGGUGCUGUUGGUCCGGAAGGAAAACGAGGUAAACGAGGAAUGAAGGGUCCCACUGGGUUGGCUGGUCCCCAAGGAGAACGAGGUUUACCAGGUAUUCCCGGAUUGCCUGGUCCUGAUGGAGCACAAGGUAUAAAGGGUCAAAGUGGAGAUCGUGGUGCAGCAGGUCCUCAAGGAAAUAAGGGCUCAACUGGUGAUCCAGGUGCACCAGGUCCACCAGGAAUUCAAGGACUGCGAGGAGUUCCUGGACGACCUGGAUCUCAAGGAAAAGCAGGAGCUCCGGGUGAAAGAGGGCUACCGGGCUCGGACGGAAAGGUAGGAGAGCCUGGACAUCAAGGACUACAAGGCCUUCCAGGUCCUAUUGGUUUACCAGGAGACAAAGGUUUUCCGGGAGAGCCUGGUAAGGAUGGAGAUAUUGGACAACCUGGAACACCAGGACCUCGUGGAGAUGCUGGUAAAGAUGGACCUCCUGGCAUAUCUGGUCCUCCAGGGCCGCCUGGAAAUGAUGGCGAUCGUGGUCCACCUGGACCUGGAGGUCCUCGAGGUUUCCAAGGUUUGCCUGGAACUCCAGGAAACCCAGGAGCGCCUGGAAAAGAUGGUCAAAGUGGUCAACCAGGACCGGCAGGUCCUGCUGGUCAACCAGGUAUACGAGGAGAACGAGGUUUUCCUGGCGAGAGAGGACCAAUCGGAACACCCGGCACGCCAGGCGUCCGGGGAGAAGCUGGUGCACAAGGAAAUGAUGGGCCACAGGGAUCUCCUGGACCAGCCGGUAUGAAGGGCCACCAGGGAGCUCCUGGUAUGAUUGGUAUGCCAGGUUUAAGAGGCCUUCCAGGUCCUUUGGGUGAAAAGGGAGAACGAGGGGCUGCAGGACCAAUUGGACCUGAAGGUCCAGCCGGUAGAGUUGGAGAAAGGGGGUUACAAGGUCCCAUGGGAGCAACGGGUGCUCCAGGAGAACCAGCAGAGAAAGGCGAACCUGGUACUCCUGGCAUACCCGGAGAGCCCGGAGCGCCAGGAGCUACUGGUGAACGUGGACCAGUGGGAGCACAAGGUUUACAAGGUUUCCCGGGACCGCAAGGAUCGGUUGGUCUCUCUGGAUCCAAAGGAGAUCGUGGUGCCAUGGGAUUAAAAGGCGAACAAGGAAACAGCGGAAAUCCUGGAAUCCCUGGUGAACCUGGGCCGCAAGGAUUAAUUGGAUUAACCGGCAGUAAAGGAUCGCGUGGUGAACCAGGAUUACGGGGAGAAAUUGGGUCAAUGGGAGCUCCAGGACGGCCAGGUGAUCCAGGCGCAGCGGGACAACCCGGUAAUUCUGGGCCACCUGGAUCGGCAGGUAUUCCAGGCCAGAAAGGCAACCCCGGAGACACUGGUAGGCCUGGAAAUCCAGGACCAGCAGGCUUACCAGGUCAACCAGGCCCAGAGGGCAUAAAAGGAUCUGCAGGUAGCGAAGGACCAGCAGGUCCACCAGGAAAUACAGGUCCACAGGGGGCUCCGGGCGAUCGAGGCUUGCCAGGCUUACCAGGACCUAGCGGACAACAGGGUUCAAGAGGUCUACGCGGGGUUGCCGGAGAAGCUGGACAUCCUGGAAAACCAGGAAAUGAUGGCCCUCCGGGUCAAGCUGGAGUCGCUGGACCACCUGGACCAGCUGGACCUACAGGUGAUCCAGGUCAUGAAGGGCCACCAGGCAAACAAGGUCCACCUGGAAUUGCAGGAAGAAUUGGAGAUAAGGGUCCAGUUGGUACACCAGGUUCACAAGGUUUGCCUGGUUCUCCAGGUUUACCAGGCCCACCAGGGCCUCAAGGACUUAUUGGUCAAUCUGGUGAACGAGGACUUCGAGGAGAAACUGGACCACAAGGCGUGGAUGGCCCACCGGGUUCGCGAGGAAAGCCCGGUCCACCAGGAUUGGAAGGCGCUAAGGGUGAUGUAGGAGAAACCGGCCAAAAAGGUGUAAAAGGACAUCGUGGUUUGAUAGGUCUACAAGGUUUACCCGGACCGGCUGGACCUCUUGGAGAGAAGGGUAACACAGGAUCAGAAGGUCUGCCAGGCAAACCAGGUGAUGUUGGCCCACGUGGUCCCCCUGGUAGAGAUGGAUCCCCUGGACUGCAAGGUAUGAUAGGCAUAGCAGGACCUCGAGGUCCACCAGGUAACGAUGGAAAGGCAGGACCUAUAGGUCCUGCAGGUCCCCCGGGGCCCCCUGGUCCUCCCGGAGAUGGUAUUGGAUAUGAUGCCGCUGCUUUAGCUGCGCUACUGGGACACGGACAAAUGAGCAAUACUAAAGGCCCCGACCCUAGCCUCGGUGAUGAACCAAUGAAACUAAACAAAGUGUUCGACUUGACUGAGGAGGAACGUAGAAAGCUAGUAGAAUCAGCUUAUGAGCAACUGAAAAAUACCUUCGCUACGUUCAAAAAACCUGACGGUAAACAAUCUUCUCCAGCUAAGACAUGUCGGGAUCUCUUCGCAGCUUAUCCAGACUUUACAACUGGUCAUUAUUGGAUAGAUCCGAAUGAAGGCGACGUUCGUGAUGCUAUUUUAGUGUACUGCGACGCUGAAACACGAAGUACUUGCGUACUCCCUCAGCCAUUAAGAACCAAAGAACUUCAUUACAUUGGUGAUGAGACCGAAGUAUGGCUCGGAGAGAUGGAUGAUGGAAUGAAAAUUACCUACAAAGCGGAUAGUAACCAAAUCGGUUUCCUGCAAUUGUUAUCCGCUUCUGCAUCUCAGAACAUAACCUACCACUGUAAAAACAGUGUUGCCUAUUUCAACAAAGAAAAGAACAGUUACAGACAAAGCUUAAAACUGCUAGCCUGGAACGAUGCCGAGUUGACGGCCAAAGGACCACAACGCCUUAGGUAUGACGCCUUAUUGGAUGAAUGUCAGUACCAAGCGCCCAUGUAUGCUAAAUCGAUUCUAACCUAUAAAACCGACAAACCAACGAGGCUACCGGUCAUCGAUAUUGCCUUACGGGAUGUUGGGGAGCUGAACCAACAGUUCUGGAUUGAGAUAGGGGCGGUGUGUUUCUACUGAGUCAGCGCAAAACACCAAAGAAUUUUUCAUAAUUCAACAAUUUUAAAAUCAGGUACUGCCGAGGCAGAAACAAUAGUCACUGCCACAGUGAAUGACACCAAAGAAAGUGAUAUUUUUGGAAACAUCUUGUAACAAGAUUUUACAACUAAGACUAGCGUAGGUUCCCCUUUGUAGUUUUACUUAAUAGGUAUUA